AUGUUCAAAGGUUUGAGAAAAAAAGCAUCCAUCUUGUCGCUAUAUCCCACAACUUCAAAUCAAAAUGCACUGGAUAACAACCCCAACUCCAGUAGCAACUAUGACAGGAUUUUGAAGCAGGUGCACGAUUUUGAAACCGCCUUGAAGGCUAUGGACUACCUCUUGGAUGAUCGUACGAAUGAGGGGAUAGCUUUGUUGAAAAGGGAAGCAAAAUUGGCGUCACAGGAUGAUCUGCCUCGUGCUGUCUUUCCCUUGGCAUUGGGAGUUAUGGAGUUCAUUGAGGCUACGCUAGGUUUUGAGCCUGAGGUUAUGGCCAAAGCGCACAACACAUUGUCUGAAGCUGAAACUGCCUCUCAAGCUAAUUCUAAAUACAACACUCGAUACCACUUGGCAACAUCCACAAUUUACCCACCGGGAACUGAGUUUCAGGUAACUUUAGCAGAGUCAACUUUAUUGAAUGCAUUGUUGAUGUUGUUGAAGGAGAAUAACGGUGUCGUUGACAGCGCAAAGGCGUUGUUUAAGCUACGAAAAGCAUAUCAGAUCUUGGAUUCCGUGCAUAAGAAAAUCCAAGAACUGGAGCCGCUUUUUAACAAAAACUUGGCGAAAUUGAGAAGAAAGGCAACAAUGGGAGCCGCUGGCAAGAGUAAUGGUGUCUUUUUGAAUAAUAAUAAUAAUCAAUCAAUUAGUACGGUUGACUUGCCUGGAUUUGAGCCUGUGAACGGCUCGUCAAGCUCGUUGCCCGAGGAUAUCAGAUUGAUGAAAGAUUUGGAAAGAAUUUUCCAAAUGAGAAAGGCCCGGAUUGAAGGUUCGAACUUGGGUAACACCGAAACACUCAAUUUGUUUGAAGACCUGAGUAGUUCAGUUGGUUUAGCAAAGCAAGCUUAUGUCAAGCCAUUGAAUAUAGAAAACAAUGUCUCAGACGACGACGAGGUGUUUGAGGACGCAUUGGAUACCCUUGCAGUGAGUGACGUUCCAAGUUCGUAUAUCGAGUCAAGUGCUCAAUCAAUUGUUUCAUCUGUUGAUACCUCGCCUAGUUCCCAAGCAAACGUAUCGGAUACCUAUGUCCAUGUUUCCACAACUGAUGAAUUUAUCCAUUCAGGAGUGCAAUUGUGCUUUGGAAUUUUGCAGGUGGUCUUGUCAUUGAUCCCACCAGCUAUUGGUGCAGUCUUGUCAAUUGUUGGAUUUAAAGGUAAUAGGACUGUUGGUCUUCAAUUACUAUGGAGAACUGCAAUUACUUCGAGAAAUGUCCAUGGUGAGUUGGCAUUGUUGUUUUUGUUGGUAUUUUAUGAUGGACCCGUGCAAUUUGUCGACACUGGAUUUCGAUUACCCGAAUCGAAAGGAAGUAGUAGUGUUAUACUGUUGAGUAACAAGCUAACAGUACUGGAUGAGGAAUUGCAAAAGAUUAUGGACAAUCCACCAAUCUACACCAGCCAGUUGUUACGUUCAGCUCGUCAACACUUUCCACACAAUGCAUUGUGGAUAUUACAAGAGGGUAGAAUGUUGGCGGCUGAAGGUGAUUUGAUUGGAGCUAGCACACUUAUGCAGAAUUUCACCGACGAUCCAAAUAACAAGAUCCAAAUGCAACAAAUUGAGUCAUUGUUGGUGUUUGAUCGUGCUAUUGUAUAUAUCUACUUGCACGAAUACGACAAAGCAGCGAGAGAUUUGAUCCACUUGAUUGACAUCAACUCCUGGUCAAAAGCUGUGUAUUUAUUCAUGGCUGCCUCAUGUUAUCUUGAAAAGUACAGAAUGAUUAGAAUGGGAGUUAGUAAGGGAGACGAACAAGAAGCUCAAAAGUAUGCGGAUUUGUUUUCCAAAUAUAUGAAGCUCGCAUUGAGCUAUGUCCCGGGACAGGGCCACAAUGCACAAAAGAAAGGAGGAUUGGGUGGUAGUGGUAAGCAAAUGCCGUUUGAUAAGUUUUUGUUGCGUAAGAACAAACACAUCGAAGCAAGAAAGAAACAGCAUCCCGAUCUCCAGCUUGCUGAUUUGGUGGGUACUUCUUUGAUUCAUGAGUUGGUUUAUUUCUGGAACGGAUACAACCGAAUGACUCAGGAUCAUUUCCAGAUUGCUUUGAAGAUGUUGGGGUACUCUGGAGCGCCAAACGCUGAGUUUUCUGCAAACACCAGUAACCACUCAUUUGCAAAGAUCAAAGAGACCGAAGACGAAGCAAUGAUUAGAUACUUCCUCCAGUCCGUUUGCUUGAGGCAAAUGGGCCAAGUACGUGAAGGUUCUCGUUUACUUCAACAGCAUGUCUUGUCAAAGAUUGUCAUUUCUGACUCUCCGCAAUUCAGAUUCCACAAGAUGACUUAUAGUCCGUACUUAUACCCAACUGCAUUUUACGAAAACACGAUGUUUACAUGGGUAGAAGAAACGGGACCAAACUCAAACAUGGACGUGAAGAGAGCAGCUGCUGAUAGUAAGGCGUGGUUGAAAAAGGCAGAAAUUGUAGGCGAUGGUGAUUACGAGUUGAGCAAUAGAACCAGCAUGCGUAUAAAGGCUGCUGGAGAUAGACUAGACCAGUUGGCAGGUAUUUAG